CUCAGUGUGUUAUUUUUUAAGGACGCAGUCAACGAACUUUAUAGGAAUAAUUAAAAUUGAAAUAUAAUCCAGCCAAAAUGGCUAACAGCAAAGAGAUGUGCCUACGAGAAUGGGCGCCACUUACAGAAAUGAUGGAGCUUAUCCCAGCAGCACGGCGGGGAUUCUUUCCGUCCAAUCUAAACAUUACUUGCGUGGAUGCCAUUGAGGACUUCCUGGCAUUGGGCAGCGACGCGGGAAUCGUGUUUUGGUAUAAUCGUCGGUCUGGGGAAAUGCAGAAACUUAAAGCGGAGGUAUCUACACGUAUAACGUGCGUGAAGAUAGUCAAUUCAGUAGAAUAUAUGGUUGCGGCUGGAAGCGCUAACGGUCAAGUGAGCGUUUUUCAAAUACAAAAGGAACUCCCACCGGAUUUGGACUUGGUAGCCCCUUGUACACGAAGCAAACCUAUCGAACGCUAUACUAUAAGAGAUUUGCAUCGCUGUGUGGUCAGUUGCUGUGAGUGGUCAAAGAAUGGCAUGAAGCUAUAUUCGGGAGACCGACAGGGUGUCGUUGUACUCACUGAAUUCGAUUAUCAAGCGCACUUGAGCAAAUCUUUGGAGAUACUCAGCGAAGCCUACGAGAUUGUACAGCUGAGCGUCCAUCAGAGCUAUCUACUUGUGGCAACUCUUUAUCGCUGUAUCGUAUGCCGCCGUGAUGUCCAGACCAACAAGUGGCACAUCACUCAAGUGGGCAGAAAAGAUCGAAAGCAACUCAUCGACUGCGGCGGCGUAUUCCUAAAGAAAGCGAUAACAAGCGACAAUGUCCCGCAAAUCAUCUGUGGACGUCCUGGAUUGCGUUUUUGGAUUGCCGAUGCCCUUGGCAAUGUUUCAAAGACUAUAAUCUUUAGCGAUGCUGUGCUGCAAGGUCCAGCCUGGGAAAUACCUCUGCUAAAUCCCAAGCCACGUAAUCAAGUAGCAAACGGAAUUGAUCCUGUUGCCAGCGGUAGUGAUGCAUAUGUGGCUAGCAGAAACUUUCGUGAAAUGAAUUUGUACGACGGACAGGAUGCACUUUUGGUUACCCAUGACGAUUCCACAUUAUACAUUCUAAAUCUGGAGCGUCUUAAAGUUGAAGCUGUGGCACGCGGAUUUCGAAAAAUUUUAGAUUUUUGUGUUUGUGGUAAGGAGAUAUUUGUCCUAGAAGGCGAGCGGUCGCUGUUACGUUUGGCACCGCUUCCCGAGCGUCCCAACAAAACAGCCAAGGUUAUAUUCAAUCCAUUGCUGCCGCCUCCGCUGCCAAUGCUGGGAGGCUCCCAUUACUCCAUGCUAGAACUGGAAUCACCGCCAGAGAUGCAGCCAACGUUGAACAGCGCCGAGGAGUGCUUUGAGCUGCCGCCCAUAGAAAAGCUGGAUUUGAAUGUGCCUAUUGAGAUGGCCGUUGAGUCGCCGUUGACGCAGCAAAAUCGUCGCUUGGAAAUUUUUCAACGUAUUGGUGAGAUGGACUUUGAUCAAACCAUUCUACAUACAAGCGGCACAGUGGCCCAUAGAAAGCGCAAGGUAUCGCAAGGUAAGCAAAGCGCUGCUGCUGGAGGAAUUGUUGAAAUCGGACAAGAGACGCAUGAACAUAAGAUGCCGAUGACCAGCGCUGCAACGCUUAUGGAUGCAAGUUACUGUCAAAUGGAGAAUAACGGUUUGGCGUCACCAUUAGAUAUUAAAGCUGCUUUUAUGCAGCAUUUGCCGGAUGCGUUGACUCCUACAACAUUGCAGAAAACGAUUGCAGAAAAAGCUAAAACGUUGGCAGCUGAAUUAGAUUUACCAGAGGUGCACUUAGCUCCGGUUAAUGUGGAGGAAUUACGUGCCAAUCAAACCCCCCAAUUAAGCGAAUCGUUGAUCAACUGUUAUCCCACCAGGCAAGAGACUGCCGAUGUACAGACCACGCCGUCCAAUGAAAUAGAACUGAACAAUACCAAAGAUUAUAUGGUUGGUCAGCCUGUUGAUGGUCUAUGUGCGGGCACCUCGAAGGCCCCGAUGGCGCCUCUGAAAUUUGUUAAAGCUCAACCAAAUUGCGCAGAAUCACAAAAGCAGGAUUAUACAAGUUUUCUGCCUGAUUUUCGGUGCGCAGGCGAUCCAUUUAUAAAGCAGGAGCCACCUACUACAGCUGAUUCUAAUACAUCCAGUGAAUGGGAGUUUUUGGAUAACUGAAACCAUGACAGUCCAGUAAUAUUAUUACAUUCAAAUGUAAAAAUUAGUUAAGUUUAAUUUUCGCUUAUAUUGUUGUUUAAGUUCUGUGCACAGUUUAAUAUUUUUUU